AUCAAUCAACAUGCUUCUUUUCCCCCAUCUUCUAUCCAAGAACCGCUUCGCGAUAGCACUAAUCGCAAACACCUUGAUCAUUCGAACGGAAGCUGGCCAUCAACUUCCAGGAAAUCUUGUUACCUUACAGACCUAGCCAUUUCGGAAAUCGACUCGUCCGAUAUAUCGAUAUACAAUGCAUCAAGAGCGCCUUCAUGCGUAUCAGACAUUGCUUCGGACUCGGGUCGUCAUCAUUCCUCCAGCCACUCCACUGCUGCAGAUCACAAGACCUCAUCUCUUCACGCACGAGCAAAGAGUGAAGGAAAUGCUCAACAUGACAUGGUCCGCUUCGUGAAUCGCCCACACGGUACACCUCUCUUCACCAUCGCCGAGCAGAAAUCGCUUGCCACGCUCCGAACUCAGAUGUCUUUCGCUUCCUUCAGAAGGAAAGGACCGACUUCUCUCGUUAAGGCAUCCUCUAGAAGACCCAAGGCUGCCAGCGUCGAUGAUACAAUACUAUACAUGAAUCGACGUGGACUUUCUCAAAUCACUCAGACAUCUUCAGGUCUAGAUGUACCCAGCCCUAGGGAUGAUCCAGUGCAUCCUUGGCAACCACCAUUUGUGCCACCUCAUCGUGUGAAGACGCCCGAAGGUGUACCGCAAUGGCCUGCAAAAGCCCGAGUCUCCUUUGUACGGACACUGGCAAGAACCCUGAGCUCCGCAACUUCAUUAUCCCGUGUAGAAGGUACUCGUUUCGUCUUGAGGACUCUACGUGGGGAGAUUCGAUCGCGCCGUAGGNNCCCUCAACCACUAAGUUGGCGUCCACCUGUCAGUGGUCAUUCGACCUAUCGUUACGAUCAGCCUUCUCAACAUCCACUCAACGACGCACGUUUCGCAGAAGUCAUACAAUCGGAACAUGAUAGGCAAGAUGGCACACAAGCCGCACCAAUCCCAGAACCAACACUGGCCGAAAGACAGUCUUUGGAUAGACGGUGUCGAUCAAAGUCAGCUAGCGCUUCUCUGGCUCAACGAGCCCUCGGAGCCAUUGCCGGCAAUGCCAUUCCAGUCAACCCCGCUCGAGCAAUAAGGGCUCGUUCAGUAUCGCUCCCUCAACAGCUGAGGAUAUCGGAAGUUAACUCGACUUCGAGACCACUUGUCCAAACUACAGUGCAAGCAUGCCAAAGCACAAGAGCAUAUCCUUCUGAUACUGUACGUACCAUCGACAUGAUCGAGAGCUUUCCGUCGCCACCAACAAAAUCGGCGACCAGGCCGAGAGACAGGCUGCCAUUCUUUGCACCGGCAUCAAACUCUGACUUCUCGAAUCCGCAACUAGUAGUCGGUACAUCAGACUUAAGAAGAGGGGGUACGCCACCAAUUCGAGGUGAGCAAGAUAGGUACACCUUCUCAGGUAUGCCGAUAUAUCGUGACGAUGCGGCAUCACUACACAGUCAUGAUCGCUUGCGGUUCCGUCAUAUGUCCGAUGUGGACUUGCAGGAGCCAAGUCAGACUUUGCAAGGCACCCGCAAUGUGGCCUCGGAGCAGAAUCGUAUUGAAGAAGGACCAGAUAAUGGAACGACGAGUGAUUCAACAAGUCCUCCUCAGGUCACCAACCUUGCCUCGAGCACAAGGAACAACGGCCAAGAUGCAGAGACGGCUUCAGGCAUCACUCUAGGAACCGCUGGAAAGAAGCAGACGAAGAACACUUGGAGAGCCAGAUUGGGGGCAUUGCGCUCAAGCGCGAUGCUGAGGGAUGGAGCUGAAAACACAAGCUGCCAGAUUGCCAAACCCAUUGCCCAAGGCAUGCGGUGGAUUGGUCAGGGUUGUUUGUGUUGGGACAAGGAUGAGGACGAAUCAAGUGAUGAGAUCAGCCGACAAAGCAUUCGACUUGUCCAAGUC